AUGCCCGCCCCCGGGCAGCUGACAGCCCUAAUGGGUGCCUCGGGAGCUGGCAAGACUACCCUGCUGGACACGCUUGCGCAGCGCAAGAGAACAGGCAAGAUUGAAGGAACUUUUCGACUUAAUAGUGAACUGUUGGAUGAGUCCUUCGAGCGCUCAUGUGGAUUUGUAAUGCAGCAGGACAUUCAUGAACCGUUCGCCACCGUACGCGAGGCAUUGGAAUUUUCGGCACACUCGCGCCAGCCCGCGCACAUCUCAAACGAGAAUAAGAUGGCCUACGUCGAGCAUAUUAUUCAUCUUCUUGACCUCGAGAAUAUUGCAGAGGCAUUGGUAGGCCAGCCGGGAGAUGGACAGCUCAGCGUCGAAGAGCUCGAACUUGCGGCACGGCCUAGUUCGCUCUUGUUCCUCGAUGAGCCUACUUCCGGACUUGACAGCCAGGCCUCAUUUGAGCUCGUGCUCUUCUUGCGUCGUAUCGCAGCUGAAGGUAUUCCUGUCGUGUGCACAAUUCACCAGCCGUCCGGUGUUCUUUUCGAUAUGUUCGACCAAGUUCUACUCCUUGCCCCAGGAGGCCGGACCGUUUACUUUGGCGAGACGGGUGAAAAAUCCUCAGAAGUCGUCGAUUAUUUCGGGCGUCAUGGCGCUAUAAUUGGAAGCGACACUAACCCCGCUGAAUUCAUCCUCUCGACCUGUCACGUCCAAGAACGAAGGCUCGCUGGACUGGCCGGCUAUAUGACAUGCCUCCGCUGA